UCAAAAUUGAAAUGCAACGGCAGCGUACUUGAUACGCCAGCCAAUCAAAUGGCUUAAUUUAAACAGUACUGCAGUUAUAGCGUUAGUUCGAUGAAGCGAAACUGUCGUUGGUAUCGCAGCUGUUUAACAAGUUUUUAGAUUAUAGUGUUUGCAAAUUAUCAUUGAACCUGUUGAAGGGAAUUUUUUUAAAAAGGCCUUUUUUUUGUAUUGGAAUAAAUUAGCUGAAAUUUAUAUUGGGAAUGAAACCGUUGUUAAGAAACGUGCUACUUGCUUUCAAUUGUAUACUACUUGUUAUUUGUUCGCCAUAUAAUAUAAACCGUCGGCGUAAACGUGAGCAAUCUGAUGCAGAACUAAUGCGACUUUAUUGGAGUGAACAACUUCCAUUAGGGUUCUUUGUAAACGACGGCUCCUCCGAAACAGGAGAAAGUCUUGGUGUUUUAUCUGCUCGUGAUCAUAUACAAGAAACUCAUGAAGGGAGCGGGGUUGGACGACGUGACGAUAUUCAGCGUAAACCUACCUCUAGCGUUUCACUAAAAGCCAAUAUUGAAGGUAAAAAGUCUUUAAGCAAUCAAAAAAUGGAAAAACUAGAAGAAAAUAAUAAGAUGGAAGCUUUAGUUGAAAAAAGUGAAGCGAAAACUGUAGUCGCAGAGACUGAAACUGAUUUAGGAGAUAAAAGAAAGGUUCGCCGUAGUGUAACUUGUCAAGGACAAAAAGAGUGGCUACAAUGUGAUGGACCUUAUGAAUUAAUUAAAAUAAAAAGUGCAUUUUGGGGACGUGAUGAUGACCACACUUGUAAAAAAAAUAGCAUCACGCACGGUCUUUCCACAGAUAAAAAUUGCGCCCAAGAUGAGUCGAAUACAAUGCAAAAAGUGCGCGAAGCUUGUGAUAAUGAGAAUGUUUGUGAAGUCGUGGCCUCAGGGGUAUACUUUGAUAAAGCAGACUGCAAUGAUGUUUAUAAGUUCUUAAGAUUGGAGUGGCAGUGCGCUCCAAGUGAGUCCAGAAUAAAAGAAUCAAUCGCAUAGUAGAUUCGCAAACAAUACUUUUCAAUGACAAAACGACUACAAAUAUCUUUUCAUGAGAUUUUUUAACUGCGUUCAAAGUAGAAAAGGUCUUUCGACUCUUUAUGAACUUUAGGCAUUCACAGCAUUAUGUAUGCACUCAACACACGUUUUAAAUACGCAACACGCGUAACAAAGAAACACUUAAUGUAGAUUGAUUUUGUUUAUUGUUUGCAUAAAAUGUGUAUUUAUACGUAAUAUGUACUUAUUAUAUGUGUAAAAGCGUACCUCGUUUAAA